ACCCCACCCCCCACCCCCCAACGCCGGCCCGCCCAUCGCAGCCCAAAUCCCAUGGCCGCCGCCGCCGCCGCCGCCGCCGCCGUGACCUCCCGGCGCUGAAGGCAUCCAGCGGCCGCGCUCCAGGCCCCCCCCCCCAGAUCUAGGAUUGAGCGAUCCCCUCCUUUUCCCCGCGGUCCCCCAUGGCGACGCGGCUGCUGUGUUGGACGGCGCUCCUCCUCCCCAUCAUCGCCGCCACCGCCGCCGCCUCGCCGCUUCCCGAGGCGUGCCCGGUGCCUACUGCGGCGGAGGAAAUCCUUGGGCCUGGCGGCACAUGCACGACGCUGGAUCGCCGCGGCGACCCUGUCGGCGUCAUCGAGGGGGAUGAGGUAACAUUGGCGAAGGCCAUUACUCUUCUUCACAUGAACAAAGAUGAUUACAUUGCUGUACUCUUCUAUGCUUCCUGGUGCCCAUUCUCACAAGAAUGCAAGCCAAAUUUUGAGAUAUUAGCAUCUUUGUUCCCAUCUAUUCGGCAUUUUGCGUUUGAAGAAUCCUCAAUCAGGCCAAGUAUAAUAUCAAGAUAUGGGAUUCAUGGUUUUCCAACACUAUUUCUCUUGAAUUCAACUAUGCGAGUGCGGUAUCAUGGACCACGGACUGUUAAGUCCCUGGCUGCUUUCUACCGUGAUGUUUCAGGUUUCGAUGUUUCAAUGACGUCAGAGGCCGUGCUACAUUCAGUAGAUGGUAUUGAGCUUAAGAAGGAUGCUGAACAGGAAAAUUGUCCAUUCUGGUGGGCACGCUCACCGGAGAAAAUACUUCAGCAGGAUACUUAUCUAGCACUGGCAACUGCAUUUGUAAUCUUGAGGUUACUGUAUCUUCUCUUUCCAAAGAUAGGUUCCUUCGCCAAACGGGCGUGGAGGAGGCAUACUCUUUUUCCAAACUUGGUGGGUGUGCAUGAAUAUUUCUUCACCUACCUUGAACAAGCAAGACACAAAUUCUUUAGGUUAUACCCUUCGAAGCGAGGGAAUUUACAGGAAGGGGCCAGGAAUGCCACUGCUUGGGCUUCCAAGUCAUUAGCAUCCGUCUCAAUCGGAGAACCAAGCACUAUUGGAAGGACAAACUCUACAAAUGAGCUAAGAUAAAGUGCAACUUUUUUGUCCGCAGGGAUAUUUGUACAGUAGAGUAUCAGGAUAUGAACACUAAGAAUCUGUUGUAACCGGCUUUGUUAGAUAUUGUAACAUCCUUAGAAUAAUCACUUUUACCAUUUCCCAUUGUUACUUUCACUUCGGUUUAUAGCUUUGCCUCUUGCCUAAAUUCAUACUCUUGGGAGUAUGUGUUGCAAAAUAUCUUUGUUGUGUGAAA